UUGUUAUCAACAACUUUUUUAAUCAUGAAAUUUGCUACCUGUUUCAUAGUUUCUUAUGUUCUUGUUUUUCUCGUUCUGAGCGCUUGUAAAGAAGUGGAAGCUGAGGGACUGUGUAAUAGAAUAGAAGACAUAGAUGGGAAUUGCGACAUUGAGGGAGAGAAGGAGUGCUUGAAGUUCAUGAGGAAUAAAUAUAAGAAAGAAAGACAUGUUAGCUGCACAUGUACUAACCUUUACAUGUAUCGCAAGACCAAACGCUUUUGCGACUGUAAACAUCAAUGCUCAAGUACUUGA